AUGUCAAAUAACCCAGUUAAAACGAAAUAUGAGAUGGGUCAAAUCGCCGAACAGCAAAGUGUUGAGAAUGGGGCCCUCGAGAGUUCGUUUCAAUUUUCCGCCAGCGCAGAGAAAAAGCUCGUUCGAAAGAUUGAUUUGAGGGUUCUACCAAUUAUGCUGUUUGCUUAUAUGAUGGCGUUUCUGGACAAACAGACAUUGAACUAUACAUCUUUGAUGGGAAUUCGGGAGGACCUUCAUCUGCCACUUCGCCAUGGGAUCUGGUUUUGCGGAAAUUCUCUUUCUUUGAUCUUCGGCAACUUGAUUGCUGUCGGCAUCUUACAAAUCCAGCACAAGCUACAGGCGUGGCAGUGGCUUUUCAUCAUCUUUGGAGCUGUUACAUUUCUUUGGGGAGUUGUCAUGCUCUUUCAACUUCCCGAUUCGCCGGCCACUGCGAGUUUUCUCACCGAAGAGGAAAAGCUCAUUGCGGCAGAAAGAUUGAAAGCAAAUAAAACAGGAUCUAAAACCUCGACCAUUGAUCAAUCUCAAAUUUUGGAAGCAUUCACAGAUGUCAAGACAUGGUUGCUUGCAAUCUUGAUUCUUGCUUCCAAUAUUCCGAAUGGCGGGUUCACAACUUUCAAUGGUUUGGUUCUACAAGGAUUUGGCUUUUCAACUUUCCAUACACUGUUGCUGGGAAUUCCAGGUGGUGUGAUUGUUUUCAUUUUCGUCCUGCUCUCAGGGGUCAUUUCAUCAAAGGUGCCCAAUACCCGAUGUCUCGUUAUGGUUGCAUGCAACGUGAUAAGUAUUGUUGGAAGUGCUCUUGUCUACGCCACUAGCUCUAUCGGUUCCAGGUACGCGGGCCUACUUUUGAUGGGAAUCUACUCUGCCGCAAUGCCUAUCUCGAUGGCAAUGAUUAGUUCCAACGUUGGCGGCUUCACAAAAAAGGCCACUGUCAGUUCUAUAUACUUCAUAAUGUACUGCACUGGCAACAUCAUCGGGCCGCAGCUGUUCUUCGAAAGAGAAGCACCAAAAUACCAGAGCGGAUUCCUGGCCAUAAUCAUAUGUUUGGUUAUAGCUGUGGCUGAUGGCUUCGCCAUUCUAUUCUAUCUGCGCUGGACAAAUGUUAGACGUGACGAAAAGGGGGUAGUGGAGACGACAACACUUGACCACCAAGAGAAGCCUAGCUAUUCUCAUCAGAUUGAGAUUCUCGAUACUACCGAUUUGAAGAACAAGGAGUUCAGAUACGUCUACUAG